AUGAUGGUCGUUCAAGGGAUUCAGAGCAGCCUCUCAUUAUGGCCCAGCUUGAAAGAAGCCUUGUAUGAACCUUUUCAAGACCAGUACAUCCCACAGAAUGAGUCUGUCAUUCAGACUUCCGGCCUAGAAAUGACUCCGAGUUCAUGGACGAACAAUCUUCGGCAGAUUCUGGUCGCAAGCACCAUAUUAGCCAUUCCCUUCAUCCUCAACUACUUAUUCACACUAUCACUAUACCAUUGGACACAUAUGCGAAGGAAACCGGGGCAGACACCGCCUGAGUAUCCUGCAAUGCCCAUCAUAGGAAGCACCAUCUCGUUCCUAUGGGAUAGCGCUUCCUUUGUGACGAAGGCUACGACAUACGCCGGCAAGCUAACCUGUGUCCGUAUUUCAUUGCUCAUCAAUGGUAUCUAUCUUGUCUCCGAGCCCAAGGCCAUUGCCGACAUGUGGAAGAACCCAAACCUCUCCAGCCCCAUCUACGUAUACACUGUGGGAUUGCGUUAUAUUUUCGGCAUUCACGAAAAAGGAAUCGAGGCCUACAUGGCUGACGAUUCGGGGCCAUAUCGCAAGCCUCAUCCGUACAGCAAUGUCGAACCACACAACCGCAUCGACUUUCUCACCCAUGACGCGCUGCUUCGCGGGCUGACGAGCAACUCGAUGCUACCGACAUUUGAACGGUUUCAAACCAUUCUCAAACGAAACCUCGACGCCGAAGACAUUGGCUAUGAAUGGAUCGAACAGCCCGAUCUCUUCGCCUUCUUCCGCAACACUGUCGGCAAGGCAGUCCUCGAAUCCCUCUUCGGCCCAUCCCUUCUCGCCAUCAACCCAAACUUCAUCCAAGACCUCUGGGAAUUCGACGAACAAGUUGUCAACCUCGCCAAGCGCCUUCCCCGCUUCCUAGUUCCCAGCGCCUACCGCGUCCGCGAGCGCCUCCUCGCCCAGAUCCAAAACUGGUACAACUACGCGCGCCAGCACUUCCGCGACAACGGCGCCCAAGACACCCAAUGGGACCCCUACUGGGGCUCCAUCAUGAAUCGCGAGCGCCAAAGCAUGCUCCUCAGCAUCCCGGGCCAAGACGACGCCGCCGUCGCCUCCACCGACCUCGGCCUCAUCUGGACGUCCAUCACCAACGUCGUGCCCUCAACCAUGCUAACCGCCUUCCACAUCUUCUCUGACCCCGAUCUCCUCUCCCGGAUCCGCACCAGCAUCUCCGACUCCAUCUCCCACAACCCCACAUCAGGCUUCGACGCCUCCAUGGACAAGCUCCUCCAAAAAGACCUCUUACAAUCCGUCUACGCAGAGACACUGCGCCUCUACGUCCAAUCCUACAUUACCCGUUGUUCCGCGCACGAGUGUGUAGAUGUGGGCGACUGGACACUGCCUCGCAACGAAGUCAGCAUGGUGAGUUCGUACGUCGCGCAUAUGAAUACUUCGCUUUGGAAUGAGCAAGAUGGACGCCACCCCGUCGGUUCCUUCUGGUCCGACCGCUUCAUUCUCGACCCUGCAGACCCCUCAUCCGGGCCUUUGAAUCCUUGCACCCCCGAAGCCCGCGAUAUCCGCGCUAAACUCGCGACUAAGGAGUCGCAUUUUUCCGCAAAGGGGCUGGCGGGUGCGUGGAUACCGUAUGGAGGCGGUUUCAGCGCUUGUCCGGGCAGACUGUUGGCGAAGAGGAUUAUUCUGUAUACGUGUGCGCUUUUGGUGAGCGAAUUUGAGGUCGAGGUUAAGGACAGGGGGUUUGAGAUGGAUUCGUCCGGGUUUGGACUUGGGACGCAGAAGCCGAAGAUGAAGAUUAGGUUUAGGAUGAGGAGGAGGGGGAGGGGGGAAGCAAGCUGAGGGGGGGACUUCUUGUGACUUUUUUCUUGCAUUGUAUAUGUGUAUGAUAGCUUUCUUCUUCUCCUUCUUCUUCUUCUUUUUUUUACUCGAAUCGACAUAAGAGUCGAGGUCAGGCAGGAACCGGGGUUUGGGUAGACGACUUCGAUAUGGGUCUUGUAGUAAGAAGAGUGUGUGCUGGUAGCCUAUUUUUAUGUUCAUGAGUGCGACA